AUGUAUAAACAGAAAACAACCUUUGGAUCACAGACAGCUCGUUUCAUGUCAACCUGCUCUCAAGCAAGUGGAUCAUGUAGCCAAGAAGGCCUGAAGCCAAGGUGCUUCAGAUCAAGCGAGUUGCACGGCUCCACAUGGGCCACAUGGGCAAGUGAGUUCAUGGAUGGGAGGUCCGAUCAGACUAAGCGUCCCGGGGAGCUAUUGGCGGAGAGGAUGGACAACCUUCACUGUUCUCCCUUUGGCCGGCGCCAGGACUCACCAAGCCUCAUGCCGUCCUCCAAGCGUCCACGUGGCGCAGGCUUGCUGCCGUCAUCCUCAGUUCCACAGUGGCUACCAGCCUUAGCAGAUGAAGAUCCAGGAGAGCACAUAGAUGAGCACCACGCACCGCCAGCCAACGCAUCUGACUGGCGCAUGGUACUUUACCACGACCGAAAUGUGGUUUUGUACAACCCUGAUGAGAAGCCUGCAUUUCGUUCGCGCAGACUCUCGGUUGACGAGGCAGCUCCAGGCACGGAGCUGGCAAACCCUUCAGGGCGCUGCCCCCUUUGUCGACAGACGGUGGAUGCUCGUUUUGCUUUCGCAGCUCAAGCAUACUUCGAUCUGCUCCAGGGACUCUUCCGCUCAGGUGGUCGGGACAGCACAGAGGGGGAGGACAUCGACCUCCUCUCUGAGACCGACCUGUACAGGAUACUUGGUGUUUCCCGCAAUGCCAAAGCGGAUGACAUCAAACGUGCAUACGGAAGCGGUCCUUGA